GUUUUUCUUCCGGUCCAGAUAACUUUUAUCUGUAGCAGAGAAGCCGCUGUUACAUAACUGCUACCCCGAGAGCAGAAGGAUGUCGUUUUGUAGCUUCUUUGGUGGCGAGGUCUAUAAAGACCAUUUUCAACCAGGGGUUUACGUAUGCUCCAAGUGUGAUCACCAGCUGUUCAACAGCCGCUCCAAGUACGAACACUCCUCUCCCUGGCCAGCCUUCACACAGACAAUCCAUGAGGACAGUGUGUCUAAACAUGAGGAGAGACCUGGGGCAUAUAAGGUGCGGUGUGGGAAAUGUGGAAAUGGACUAGGCCAUGAGUUUGUGAAUGAUGGGCCAGCCAAAGGGGUUUCUCGCUUCUGAAUAUUCAGCAGCUCACUGAAGUUUGUUCCUAAAGAUAAGGUUGAUGGACAGUAAGGUGAGCUGUUAGAGGGACGUUUUGGUGGACUUGUAGACAUUUCUCUGUGCUGCUGAAUGUGUGGACAGUGGAUGAAGUGUUCUGGGAUAAAGCCCAAUCUGGGAGCACCAGAGCUCUGAUGAAAGAUGGCCACACUGGACAGCAAGAACAAAGGACUGGUCUCAACUCCUUUUUUUUUAUUAUACAAUCAUCACCGUCUCAGGAUAGCCUCACUGAUUACACAAUCACCGUCUCAUCAGUUUUACAUUUAUAUACAGGGUUCAACGUUAAAGCGUAACUCUCGCCAAAAUGCAACCUAGGGUUUCUUUGUGA